AUGUGCCGCAAAUGUGAGCAGAAGUUCUGCAGCGAGAAAGCGAUGGUGCAACAUCACGACGCACCGUCUCAUCUUGUCAUGUUUAGCUGCAACGUGUGCAAGAGGCCCUUUGCAAGCAAGCAGGCUAUGAAACAGCAUAAGAGGUCCCCAUUGCAUGCGAGAACACUGACUCGGGAAAACCUUACGGCUGGGUAUGCUGCGAGUGCGUCGUUGAACCCAAAGAAGGCUUCAUCUUACCAAACAGAACCCCGUACACAAGCGGCGCCCUGCAAUUCGAUCAAGGAGGGCGCGUCCAGCGGCACCGACAAUUGGGGCGAGUACUCCGAUAAAGAAGACGCUCGGACAGAAGACGAUUUUCGGGCGGCUUGGGGCGAGGAUCAGAACUGGGCGCUUUGCGAUACAGAUUGUGGGGGGUGUGGACAUUGCGUUGAUGGAGUCGACUACUGA